CUUUAGUUCCUACGAGUAAUCAGAUAGUUGAAGAUAUUGACAUGGAGGACGUAAAUUUCAAUAUUGUGGACGAUUAUUACGAGAUAGAUAUUGAUGAUGAUGAAUUUCAGUUGCCCAAGGGGUGGGUAGUUCUGGGAAGUACAAGAUUCGGCAAAAAAGGCAGUAGAAAAAAAAUCAAAGCUAAGGUUGUUAGUAUUCUAAAACAACUCUUUCUGAAUGGUAACCUAAACCCUAAAGAUAAAUUGAUAGCCAAGGAGAUGCACGAGGAAUUAUUAAGGUUUGUGGAUUCUGAAGAAAUCGAAGAAGACCAUAAAGGAACAGUCAUUAAACUUGAAACUUUUAAAGCAACAGGCUCUUCACCAAAUAGCGAAGAUUAG